AUGCACAGCCCGCCUCCACAGCGCAGCAAACUGUCGUGGCCGACGGCGGCGCACGGCGACACACCCAGCGUGCGCGGUCACCUCGCCGCUACGCUUUCGCUUGUGAUGGUUCGCUCGCUCCUCCUCCUCGCCUGGAGGUGCAUCACCACCUGUGUCGCGACCGCUGCUGCGCUCCUACUCUCCACGCACGGCCCAAGGCCGGCGGGGUUGAGGCGCACCCCGAGCGAGGUGCUCCGCCUGAGUCACCUGGACGCAGCCCCGUCGACGACGGAGAUUGUUUUUGUCGGGGACGCGUCAUGCGGCAAGAGCGAGCUCCUCUGCGAGGCGCUCCGUCACCGCCCCGUGGGCUUUGCCGCCGCCGACGAGGCGCCGGGUCUCGAGGCGCAGCGGGUCGGCGUCAUCGUGUGCUCGGCCGUGCAGGCAGACGGUUUCGAGAGCCUCCUGCCGUACGUCAAGCGGUGGCGGCUCGCGCUGCGCCGCGACUUUGGCGGGCGGGUGCCGGUGGUGCUCGUCUGCACCAAGGCGGACCUCACCCCGAUGCGGCUGCCGCUCAUCCAAGCGCUCGAGGAGCAGGGCGUCGCCUGCCUGACCGUGUCGGCAAAGGUUGGGACCAAUAUUCGGCACCUUUGGCAGCUCUUUGCGCGCGGGCUGCCGCCUGCGCUGCUGUCGACGGCGGCGCGCCGCCACGGCCUCCUCCUCCGCCUCCAGGCGCUGCUCGACCUCGCGUAUGGCGCACUCCUCGUCGCCGCCGUCGCCGCCGCCGUCUUCGUGCAGAAGGUCGGCCUGCCCAUGCUGGUGCGCGCGCUCGUCCCUUGGCCCGGGGCGCACCCGUCGCCGGCCCGACCGCCGCCGCUCCAGCUCGCCUCCGGCCGCCUGCCCACCCUCUGCGAGAGGGGAGACGGGUUCGGCCCCCUCGCGCUCCGGCGCGUGCUGACCUUCCCCUGA